AUCUAUUGUGAGUAACUCUUGCAUAUCUCUCUCUCUCUAGUUAUUGUGACCAACUGAAAGUCUCAGAGAGUACCCACGUGCUUCAGCCCUUCCUCCCCAGCAUUCUUGAUGGCUUAAUUCACCUAGCAGCCCAGUUCAGCUCAGAGGUCCUCAACUUGGUGAUGGAGACCCUGUGCAUAGUUUGUACAGUAGACCCAGAAUUCACAGCAAGCAUGGAAAGCAAAAUCUGCCCCUUCACCAUCGCCAUUUUCCUAAAGUACAGCAAUGAUCCUGUCGUCGCCUCGCUGGCUCAGGACAUCUUCAAGGAGUUGUCCCAGAUCGAAGCCUGUCAGGGCCCAAUGCAGAUGAGGCUGAUUCCCACUCUGGUCAGCAUAAUGCAGGCCCCAGCCGACAAGAUCCCUGCAGGGCUCUGUGCGACAGCUAUUGAUAUCUUGACCACAGUAGUAAGGAAUACAAAGCCUCCACUUUCCCAGCUUCUCAUCUGCCAAGCUUUCCCUGCAGUGGCACAAUGCACCCUUCACACAGAUGACAACGCCACCAUGCAGAAUGGUGGAGAGUGCUUGCGGGCCUAUGUGUCAGUGACGCUGGAGCAGGUAGCCCAGUGGCAUGACGAGCAGGGCCACAAUGGGCUGUGGUAUGUGAUGCAAGUGGUGAGCCAGCUCCUGGACCCUCGCACCUCCGAGUUCACUGCGGCCUUUGUGGGCCGCCUUGUCUCCACCCUCAUCUCUAAGGCAGGGCGGGAGCUGGGAGAGAAUCUGGACCAGAUUCUUCGUGCCAUCCUCAGUAAGAUGCAGCAGGCAGAGACUCUCAGUGUCAUGCAGUCUCUGAUCAUGGUGUUCGCUCAUCUGGUGCACACCCAGCUGGAACCUCUCCUGGAGUUUCUGUGUAGCCUCCCAGGACCCACUGGCAAACCUGCCCUGGAGUUUGUGAUGGCUGAGUGGACAAGCCGACAGCAUCUGUUCUAUGGCCAAUAUGAAGGCAAAGUCAGCUCUGUGGCACUGUGUAAACUGCUCCAGCAUGGUAUCAACGCAGAUGACAAACGGCUACAGGAUAUCCGCGUGAAAGGAGAAGAGAUCUACAGCAUGGACGAGGGCAUCCGCACCCGCUCUAAGUCAGCCAAAAACCCAGAGCGCUGGACAAACAUUCCUUUGCUGGUCAAGAUCCUAAAGCUGAUCAUCAAUGAGCUCUCCAAUGUCAUGGAGGCCAAUGCCGCUCGCCAAGCCACUCCUGCAGAAUGGAGUCAAGAUGAUUCCAAUGAUAUGUGGGAGGACCAGGAAGAGGAGGAGGAGGAGGAGGAGGAUGGUUUAGCUGGCCAACUUUUGUCUGACAUUCUUGCUACAAGUAAAUAUGAGGAGGAUUACUACGAGGACGACGAGGAAGAUGACCCCGAUGCCCUGAAGGAUCCUCUCUAUCAAAUUGAUCUGCAGGCAUAUCUCACAGACUUCCUCUGCCAGUUUGCUCAGCAGCCCUGCUACAUAAUGUUCUCAGGCCACCUUAAUGACAACGAGAGGCGGGUUCUACAGACCAUUGGCAUCUGAAAGGGGGAACCUUUCCACAUUUGCUCCUUCUCCUGGUCCAGCCACAAACCAUUUUGCAGCCCUCAUGGCUUUGAGAUGCACUUUCUUCUCAACCUAGAGUGGCUUCCUGGCCCUUGGCCUCUGCAGAGUGACACUGACAACAACUCAGACCAAGCUCACCAGUGCCAUCACUUAGGAAUGCUGGAACAAAGGAUAUUUCUCAAAGUCCCCCUGAAGACAUCCCAUCUCUAGAACCUUUUUUCUCCCCAACUCUGCCCCUACCUCUCUUCCUAGAGUCCUCUGCUGGCCAGUCCAGAAACAUUGUUGCCCAGAAGAAUUAUGUAUUCAUGGAUUAUUUUGCCCCACCUCAAGAGCACAGGAAGUCAUGACCAUUUAUAUUCUAAAACAGACUUGUCUACUUUUAUAGGACAACAGAUUUGUUCAGAUAGAAAUCCUCUUGAGAGAUCAUUAUGCUUUCUGACCUUGACCUCUGAUGCUCUGGGUUCUUAGGAGGAACAAGCAGGAGCAGCUACAUUCUAAGCUCUUUCCAGUGAACUCUCCACUCUGCUUCCCUCUUACAACACUAAGGCUCCUCUCUCGAAGGAAGUCAUCUUGUUUUGCCUCAUUGCAUGACACAACCCCUCCCCCCAAGCUUUUCCUAUAUAUACAUGCACACACAGAAUAAGCCAGACAGAUGGCAAUUUGUUUUUCCUUUUUUAGAAAACAAAAUGGAAAAAAAGGAUUUUUUAAAAAUCCACCUGACCCAACUUUAUUUAGUAUGCCUCUCCCACACAUUACAGAGUCUGAUAUUCAAAGGUUAUCCCCUCUCCCUCAAGAAUCCUCUUAAACUGGUUAAGUUGUAGCCCCCAAAUUCGCAACAUGUAUUUUUCUAGGACAGUAAAAUAAUCUUUACAAGUCAA